CCGUUGGCGGAGGCUGCCGAGCCCUGCGGACGUUGGGCUGCGGUGAUGCCGUGGAGGCGCGCCGUACCGUGCUGGCUCGUUCCUUUUUGUAGCUCUUUCUUCACGCCGUUCCGUCUGUUCGCUGCAGCACGCUGAUUAGAUCGCACGGCUCGCGGCUGUACGCUGCCAUCUGAAGGCGGGGGGAGCUGGCUGUGCCCUGGGCCCGGCAGGAUGCCAGCAGCCCUGGCGGAGAACAGCCAGGUGAUCUGUGAGGUGUGGGCCAACAACCUGGAGGAAGAGAUGAGAAAAAUCCGAGAGAUUGUGCUGAGUUACAGCUACAUCGCAAUGGACACGGAGUUUCCUGGGGUUGUUGUAAGGCCCAUUGGUGAAUUCCGCAGUUCCAUUGACUAUCAGUAUCAGCUUCUUCGGUGUAACGUUGAUCUUCUGAAAAUUAUCCAGCUGGGCCUGACUUUCACAAAUGAGAAAGGAGAAUAUCCUUCUGGGAUCAACACCUGGCAGUUUAACUUCAAGUUCAACCUUACGGAGGAUAUGUACUCUCAGGAUUCCAUAGACCUCCUCGCAAGCUCUGGGCUGCAGUUCCAGAAGCAUGAAGAAGAAGGAAUCGAUACCCUGCAUUUUGCUGAGUUGCUCAUGACUUCGGGGGUCGUCCUUAGUGACAGUGUGAAAUGGCUGUCGUUUCACAGUGGUUAUGACUUCGGCUACAUGGUGAAGCUGUUGACAGAUUCCAGGUUACCUGAAGAGGAACAUGAAUUUUUCCAUAUAUUGAACCUUUUCUUCCCAUCUAUCUAUGAUGUAAAAUACUUAAUGAAGAGCUGCAAAAACCUCAAGGGCGGCCUUCAAGAAGUGGCAGAUCAACUGGAUUUGCAGCGAAUUGGAAGACAACACCAGGCAGGAUCAGACUCUCUUCUCACAGGAAUGGCAUUCUUCAGAAUGAAAGAGUUGUUUUUUGAGGAUACGAUUGAUGAUGCAAAGUAUUGUGGGCGGCUGUAUGGUCUUGGCACAGGAGUGGCUCAGAAACAAAAUGAAGAUGUGGACUCAGCCCAGGAGAAAAUGAGCAUUUUGGCUAUUAUCAACAACAUGCAGCCAUGAUAGGUGGUAGCCCUCAGCAGAGUGUGGUUACUAUAUUGGCAGCUGCUGUCCUCACCCAUUUUCCCUAGUGGUGUCUCAAAAGGCACAGUACACAAUCUCUGGAAGGCCUGCAGUUUUGCUGAAGAGCUGCGUCUUCAUUUGAAACUUUGGACAGAGUUGACUAAAUUCCUAAUGCCAGCAUUUGUGAUUUGCCAUCUUUUUAAUACGAAGGGCAAAAGACAGAAACUACUGUGUAUACCUCUGUUUUUUUCCUCUUUAUACUGUACAGAAUCUGCAAGGAGGACUUAACUGUGUAAUAAUAUUCCUUUAAGACAAGGACCUGGAAAUCCAGUGAAGUCAGCCACAGACGUGCACAUAAACUUGAAAUUGUGCUUUAGAAAGCUUAUUUUAAAACUUCUGCAUGUUGUGAGGGUGACAGCUUCACCUCAUUUUUUGCUUAUUUUAUCUUUGCGUAGUCUGUGGAAAAUAUGCUCCCUUUGAUCACUGCAGAGGUUUGGGAAAGGAUAACAUUAAAAACGAUCCUUGCAGCUAAAACUAUUUGGAGAUUUGCUUUACAACAAUGGGAACGGAUAUUACUUGAAUCUGGAGUUGAUUUGGUCAGCUUUAUAGUUUUUUGCUUCUGUAUGGUACAGGCUUGAUCCAUGCUGAGCCUUGGCUUAGUUCUUACAGGCGUUAAACUGUUCUAGAUAGAGAUUAAGAGGAUCUAGAAAUUAACUUUUGCUUGAGAACCUCUUGCCAGGACCAAUAUUCUGACUUCAGUCUUCUUCAACUUGACCUAGAAAUUUUAGUCUCAUUUUGACACAGUUAAUUCAGAAAAUGGAUAAACUUUCCUCUUCCCUUUUUACUCCCCCCUUUUUACUCUACGCUUAACGACUUGCAAAACAGCUCUCCUUCUUUUCAUUAAGAACAUCUGAAACAGAGCUAGAGAAUGGAUGAACAAUGCGGGAUUCUGACACUUAAAAAUCAAGCCAUACUUUUUUUCUUCCUCAGCAGCUCUGUAAUGACAUUAUUUAGGAAAAAAGAAAGUUUUGGAUGGGGCAAACUUUAAAAUUUUGACUUGGUCAUGAAUUUUAAACAAGCUUAAACAAUUCAUUACUAGGAACGAAGGUUUAGAGCUGGUAUUUUGAAAUGCUUGUAAAUAGUACUUUGUUUUAAAUUUUGUAAAAUAAAUUUUUUUAAACAAG